CCACUCCGGGUUUUAUGCGACACUGGCUGCAGCUUGCAGCAGCAGCUCACUCAAACACUCUCACACUUACAUAUUGAGCUCAAAUGGAACAGUAGUGUGGUGGAUACAUCCUAACCUAUUUUUGAAGUGUGGUUUUUCUUCUGCUGCAGACUGUGUAGACAUGCUACCAAAGACGCGCCUCGGGAAGCGUUCGCCACUCGGUGCGCUGGUGAGCUCCGCGUGUACGGCAGGAGCUAACCCAGAGACAGCCAAGACUGGUGUCACCAUGGCGACGGCAGCGGGACCUCAGGCCAUCACCAGAGUCAGGGGUCACCCUGGACUGAAGGUGUAUUUUCAGUGUGCAGGAAAAGGUGACUCUCCAGGAAUGGCGGAUCAGCUGGAUCUCACGGAGAGUGACAUCUCUGCUGUUUGGCCUUCAUCUCAUUCUUCCUCCUCCUCGUCAGUGCUUCCAUCCAACAGCAGAUGCAUUUCCUCUUGCAUCGACGUCCCCAGCAGACAGAGGAGUCCAGGGGACGUGGACAUGGACGAAUUGAUGGCGGCGAUGGUCCUAAGCAGUUUGUCCUGUAGCCCUCUGAUGCACAGUCCCACCAAUCCUGAACCACCAGCUCCGGUGAUGGACUGUGUAGGCGGCGAGCUCUCUGACAGCAGCAGCAGCGGCAGCGGCUACUGGAGUGUCGGCCAGGCCAACGGAAGCCCGGCCCCGUCUCCACCAAUCCUAGAGAAUGACGUCAACCUGACUGCAGUCCCCGACGAGGGGCUGGACAUGGAGAUGGAACAGGAGAUCUCUGACGAGCCAGCACCGAGGAAGCGCAGAAACUCGGUGAAGGUGGCGUACAGGUGUCUGUGGCCCGCCUGUGGAAAGGUGCUGACCACGGUGGUGGGAAUCAAACGUCACAUCAGAACAACACACCUGUGCCGUGGUGGAGAACAUGAGCGCUGUUCUCGCAGCGAAGAGGAUUUUUACUACACCGAGGUCACCCAGCAUCAGUCUCCUCCACACCCUCCCCCCUGUAGCCCUGCCCCCUCCUCGCCGUCCAACUGCCCCGCCUCACCAGCGAGCCCUUCAUCGCCCUCCUCUCCAUCUCCCCCGUUCCCAACCUGCAGCGCUCUGAGUUCCUCUGCGCCUUCCGGCAGCUUCUGGCAGGUCAAGUCAGAGCACUCCUACCAGGCUCCGCCUCCCAGCCAAGUCAUCACAGAGGCAGCUUCUAUCACGGUGUCCAGUCGUUGGACAGCCCCACCUUCCACCUGCUUCAACAAACAGGCUUUGCCGUUCAGAGUGCGUUCAGUAAGUGUUGGGGAACAGUGGCUGCAGAACCACAGCACCCCCUGCAGGAGGAUCCGUGGAGAGGCUAAGAAGUGUCGGAAGGUUUACGGCAUCGAGCACAGAGAUCAGUGGUGCACGGCCUGUCGUUGGAAGAAAGCCUGCCAGCGCUUCCUCGACUGAACGGGAAGGUUGAACAUAAAUGGACAAGCGGAGGAGUUGGUCACUGAGGGGGGGAUGUACAGAGGACGGACAGAGCGGGAGUAUCUGCAGACUAUGGACCGAAGUGGAGUCGUACUGUGGGGUUGGACAGAGAGGGACUGUCAGCGAGGAGCUUGGCUUCGCCUGGUGGAUGUUUUAUACCUAAAUUUGCCUUUAGAUUAGUUUUUAUACUUGUACUUUUGCUUUAAGUCUCUUUCAUUUUUGAAUGUGUAGUUUAUAGCUGCUGCUGUCUAACAGAACCUUUGUCUCGUCGGUGCUCUUUUUUGUGAUGAAGUGAUCUGGGGCAGCUAUGAUGUGACCUUUGACCUGGUCACCUGUUGACCUGAGGCAGCUGAGUGGCCAGUGCUCCACGUGUGUUCUUAAAGAACAAACAGCCUCUGCGUCAAUUAAGUUAAGGAGAGUAGCUGCUUAACUUUAGACCUUAAAGGCCCAGUUAUACUAAUAUUUUGCAGCAAAGUCAAUAUUUCUCAGUGGAAUCAAUGUGACUUGAUAAUUUACUUGCAGGAUUAAAAUAAAGUCUGUUUUAUCGAACCGUCCUGACAGAGAUCUAAGCACACAAGUUUGCUAAUUUCUUAUUACAUACAGGUAAUUGACGGCCACACUUGCCAAUACAGCCUAGGCUACAUUACCUUUAGGGUGAAGGUCGGAGUUUAAUCACCUCAAUCAGAGGAAGAAGAAUUGCUUUGCUACCAUGGUCCAUAAAAUAAACAUUUGUGUUAUUCUGUGUAUUAGUUAACACAAGGCCAUAAGUGUCAUUUAUGCUCAGUGUUAGAAUGUUAGAUACAUAUGCAAACAGAAGGAGCCCCAUGUCCAUAUCUGUAGUAUUAUUAUUAUUACUACAUUAUUUGUAUCCGUGAGAUUUCGGUUGACUUGCACAAAGGAACUAAAGCAAUACCACCAUAAAUUGAGGGAUGGCAGUUUGUGUGACAACUCCCUUUGAAAUUCAACAGUGGCAUAACUUUAUGAGACUGUGCGUGUUGAUAAUGAACUCAACAACAAUGUGGCCGCUUUUUCGUAUAUCUCUUUUUGUACAUAGACAUACAUUUGAUUAGACAAAUGUAUGUCUAUGUACAAAAAGAGAUAUACGAAAAAGAAGGAUUAAUAGGGAGAGCCGCUUGGCCGCUCUCACCUUUACUUGACACUUGACUUAGUUCAUACAACUGAUAACCAAUAAGUGUAAUAAAUGUAACCAAACCCCUAAACCACUUUUUUUGGAUAUAUAAUGUAAUGUUAUUUUGAGAUCCAGGUGCAAAUCUUCACAGUUUAGUAGGAAAAAUUGAAAUUAUACUGCCUGUCUGGUCAAACACCAGCUACUGCGUUCAAAUUUUUGCCAUUGGCUUUCGUAGUUCACUCUUCCAUCACCCUCUUGUCUAAUCAGCGUGAGGCUCGCUGUCCCAGACUCCUCCCCUUUUUGUUCGAUGUCAGAUUUCACUAUCAGGCGACGUCUCCUGUUCUACUUCUCACUCUUCCUCCCUCCUCUUCUCCCUAACUCAGGUCUCAGUUCACUACUUGACAGAUGGGGGUUUAGUUACACUUUGUUUUGAGGAAAUGUGGAAAAAAGUGGAGCUUCUGGCUCUAUAAGAGGAUUCUAACCAUUAGCACGAAGAUGUUAGUAUAACCUAUUCAAUUCAAUUGGUGAAUCAUUCCUGGUAAUUAUGGCGCAGACAAAAAUAAUAAUUCUUACUGCCUCAACGUGUGAAUAUAUCAGGCCAUAGCGUUUGAGCUCAGAGCUAAUGAAAGUUGUCCAUUUCCACUUAUAAAUGUGGACUGGCCCAAGUCUACAUUGAUUGUAGAAUAAACGUUGUGGUCAGAAACUCGGUGCUAAUGUGUCCGUCUGGUGCUACACAGGCCGUGGUGUAAUGCGCAGUUAGAUCAGGAAAGAACUGAUUCAGGAUCAGCCUCAGCUCCUCUCACACCAAACCUGUAACUGAGCGCUUUGGUUGUCUGUAACAUGAUGGUGUAGCCUUUCUGAUGUUUUGCACCUGACGAACACCAAACCAGUGACUCAGCAAGUUGAACCGUUUUGUUGAUUUUGUAUGUUUUGCUGAGAUCAGUGGAGUUUGCCUGUCAGCAUCAAGUACGGCUUAAGUCUCACAAACAACAUCAUGUCCGUGUUGGUACUUCCAUAAAAUAUGAAAAUGAAGAAAAAUGUCAAUUAUUGUUUCCAAAUACUCCCAAAACAUUUUUCCCUCACGUCUUGUUUUGUCCACAAACCAAAAAUAUUAAGUUUACUGUAAAAGAGGAGCAACGAACAUGCUGAAACCACAAAAAAAAACAGUUGAUUAGUAAUUGAUUCCUUCAUCAAUUCAUUACAGCCCUACUUCGCAAUAACAGUCGUCUCCCACAUUGUAAAUACAUGUAUCCAUCACUCUUCAUCUAUUAAUUUCCCUUCACUUGCAUAGUUAGGAAGCAAAAGCCAUUUCCACUCCUGAUGAAACCACAUGCAGUAUUGAUCAGUCAAGUUUUAUCAAAACUAACACAAUGCACACCAAUAUGAGUAUACACGUCAUAAUAUGUACUUGCUCCUGGGGUAUACAUACAGAUAUAUACAUACACUGGGUCCAUAUAUCAAAUUGUGAUGAUUCCUUAAGAUUUUUAUCAGUCAUUGUUGCCGCAGAAAGACGUUUGUUUGCAUUGAAUUCUGUACGUUAUUUUUUUAUUAUAUGUUCGUUUAAGAGCAACAAAAGUUCAACGUUGAUCAUUGUAAUCAAAUCAUUUCUAAGAUGCACUCUUUUAUACAUGUGAAAUCGCAAUGUUAUAAUAAACUGGAAUGAGCUGAAAA